UAUUUGCAAACUAGUGUCGAUUGAAUUGAGAUGUCAAUUGUUAUAAAUUAAAUAAAGAACAGUUUCGCAUAAUAAUUAAAUUAUAUUGUGAAAAUUGAAAAAGAAUAAACAAUUCAAUAAAAUAUCCGAUAAGUUGUUAAUCGAAAAUCGCGUGCAAUGGCCGCUAAUAAUAUUAAACCGAAUUCGGGUAAUGAUAAUAAUUGUGAACAGUAUUUUGAGGGUGUUGAAAAGUUAUUGGAAAUUUGGUUUACAAAUGAUGAUGGUGAAAAUUCGACAACAAAACAGGGUGAUUUACGGAAAAUUUCAAGACAACAAUUUGAAUCAUUAUUGAAAAUCGUACGAUGUGAAAUCAUCAGCUACAUCAGUAAUGACGAAAUUGAUGCAUAUGUUUUGAGUGAAAGCAGUAUGUUUGUAUCAAAACGGCGUUUAAUAUUGAAAACAUGUGGAACGACAACACCGUUACUAUGUUUGGGCGCACUUUUGCGUCUUGCUGAACAAAUUGCUGGAUUUACAAAUGUUCAAGAUUUAUUUUAUUCACGUAAAAAUUAUGGUCGCCCAGAAUUACAACAUACGCCACAUCAAGCAUUCGAUCAAGAGGUGACGUUAUUGGAUUCAUUUUUUGAAAAUGGUUCAGCAUAUUGUUUGGGUAGCAUGAAUCGUGAUUGCUGGUAUUUAUACACAUUGAAUCCAGCUAUGAUUGGACCGUUAAAAUCACCGAGCGCUUUAGAAACAAGUGUUAUGUUACCACCAUUUAGCAAAGAGAAGCAAAAUGAUGAGGAUCGUAGUUUAAUUGAACCAGAUCAAACAUUAGAAAUAUUGAUGACCAACUUAGAUUUGGAUAUUAUGGCAAUAUUUACACGGGAUGAAACACAAAGCGCAGCUGAAGCUACAAAGCGUUCUGGAAUCGAUAAACUAAUUCCAAAUAUGGUGAUUGAUGAUUUCUUAUUCGAACCAUGUGGAUAUUCAAUGAAUGGUAUCUCAAAAACGACCGACUCAGAAGGAGAACCAGGACAUUACAUGACCAUACAUAUAACACCGGAACAAGAUUUCUCGUAUGUAUCGUUUGAAACAAAUGCUCCAUUGGUCAGUUACAAAGAUCUGAUGAAUCGUGUUUUGAACACGUUUAAACCAAAUGAAGCUGUUGUUACAAUUUUUGCAAACCAGACUUCGAUGGCAGCUGAAGCACCACGUGAAUUGGAUAAAGUGAGUUCGUUAGGUGAUUGGUUACGUCGUGACAUACAACAUUGUCGUUUCAAACAUUAUGAUCUCACUUACGCAUUCUACAGUAAAUUUCCAAGCUGAGGGUGUGCCCCCAGCCUGAUUGUGUGUUACAAAUGUUUAUCUCAAAACAAUCAAAUCUCCAUCAUUAACUCUUCGCACAUUCUCAUAAUUCCAAUUCAUCAUUUCAUUUACUAUUUAAUUAUAUUUUUUAUAAUUAUUAGUUACAUUCCUUCCUCAUCACAAGAACAACCACCACAACCACCCCUAUCUCCACCACCCCUUAUGACUAGUACAUCUUGUAUAAGUUGUUUUGAGAACACACAAAAUCAGGAUAAAUAUAAUUAUGUAAUAUUUGAUAAAAAUCAUAGUAAUAAAAUUUGUAGAAAUAGUGAUGUAAUUAAUCGUAGCCAUAAAAAUCUUUUCAAUAAUUGUAAUUUGUGUAUGACAAGGAUAGGAACAACAUAUCCAUCGAUAUUGAUUUCAUAUUGGUGGUCGCUUGAUCUGUUCUUAUUUAUCAAUUUUUUAUUAUUGGAUACAUCGUUUGAAUCAGCAUUGAU